UUACGUUCAAGCGGGAUGGAAGGGGCCUGGACCCCCGAACCAGGGUGGGGGCGGCUUUGUUGGCUGUGGGUGUCUGCUCGCGUGAGCUGGCUGAGGCGGAGCCGCAGUGCUGUCCAACCAAGGAAAACAGCGAAGGCUUAUCUUUUCUUUUUCAGCUUGCGUCUGGACACCCAUGAGGACCACGAUACCUCCACCGAGAAUGCAGAUGAGUCCAACCACGAUCCCCAGUUUGAACCAAUAGUUUCUCUUCCCGAGCAAGAAAUUAAAACGCUGGAAGAAGAUGAAGAGGAGCUUUUCAAAAUGCGAGCAAAGCUAUUCCGAUUUGCUUCAGAAAAUGAUCUCCCAGAAUGGAAGGAACGAGGAACUGGCGAUGUCAAGCUCCUGAAGCAUAAGGAGAAAGGGACCAUCCGCCUCCUCAUGAGGAGGGACAAGACCCUGAAGAUAUGCGCCAACCACUAUAUCACGCCGAUGAUGGAGCUGAAGCCAAAUGCAGGCAGUGACCGCGCCUGGGUCUGGAACACCCACGCCGACUUUGCUGACGAGCGCCCCAAGCCGGAGCUGCUGGCCAUCCGCUUCCUCAAUGCUGAAAAUGCACAGAAAUUCAAGACAAAGUUCGAAGAAUGCAGGAAAGAGAUCGAAGAGAGAGAAAAGAAAGCAGGAUCAGGCAAAAACGAUAAUGCCGAGAAAAUGGCCGAAAAGCUAGAAGCUCUUUCUGUCAAGGAGGAGAGCAAGGAGUCCGAAGAUAAGGAGACCAAGGAGAAAGCUGAGGAGAAGCAAUAAGUCCUCUGCCCUUGUUUUCUUUUUCUUCCUUUCUUUUCCUUUUUUAAAAUUUUGCCCUGCCCCUGCUUUUUGGUUUGUUUUUAUUCUGUUUUGUUUUUACAAGGGACUUUAUAUAAAGAACUGAAUUCUAACAUUCAGGUGUUUUUUUCUAAGUUUUUGCCCUAUUGAAGACAACUUCAGAAAAUCCAUUCCCCAGUCAUGAAAAUGUACUGUGCUAACUUUCUUUUCCAUAGUGGAAACACUUAUUUAUAGUCAUCAAAAAUAGUGAAUAAACAACACAUUUGAAACCUGCA